ACACAUCUUUAUUGUUCUUUCGCUCCUCCCCUUGAUAAACCCUUCGCCCUUUCGGUUUGAUCCAAUUUGCGUGUUGCAAGAAAUUGCAACAACACUAUAUAUUAUCUGAUUUUUUCAAAUUUCAGUAUGCACUCGAAAAUGAUCAAAAGAUCACUUUGCAUUUCAUGCCCCAACAAUUGUAUUCCUUCUCACAUCGACAGGAAGCUCUUCUGUUUGUCCCCAUCCCUCUCUUCGCACUCUGAUUUAGAAGUCCAACUGAGAUUUCUUUGUGAGGCACCCAAUUCUCAGUUCACUGAAGCAGUUUCUUUCUUUCACCGAGCUAUCGAUUCCAGCCACUUGCCUUCUCAGUCAGCCUGUAAUUAUCUUGUGGAGUCCCUGGUAAAGUCUAAAAAAUACGAAUUGGCCUUUUCUGCUUAUAAUAAGAUGACCAAUGCGGGUAUUUUGCCUAGUUUUGUAUCUUUGAGUCGUUUAAUUGAUUGUUUUGUGCAUACCCAUGAGCUCAAGUUUGCUUUUGGAGUAUUGAGUUUGAUACUAAAGCGUGGUUUUGUUGUUAGCUCCUAUGUUAUGAAUCUGAUGUUAAAGGGUUUGUGUAGAAAUGGUGAAGUUUUUAAGGCUUUGGAUUUAUUUAGCGAGAUGAAAAGGAGUCAUGUUUUGCCAGACAAUGUUAGUUAUAGUACGAUUAUAAAGGGACUUUGCACAGAGAAACGUUUAGAAAAUGCGUUAGACUUGUUAGUUGAGAUGGAGGGAACCAAUUUUGAACCGGAUGUAGUUACAUACUGUAAUUUGAUGGAUGGUCUCUGCAAGGAUGGUAGAGUAGAAGAGGCCAAGGGUUUGUUGGAGAAUAUGAAAAGAAAGGGAUUGGAGGCGAAUGUUAUUGUCUAUGGGGUACUUGUUGGUGGCUAUUGUAAGAUUGGGCAGUGGAAGGAAGCCACUGGUAUGUUAAAUACUAUGAUGGCAAGUGGGAUUCGCCCUGAUGUUCAUAUUUAUACUUGUUUGAUUUCUGGACUUUGCAAAGAUGGAAAGACAACUAAGGCCGUCGAUUUGUUUAAAUUGAUGCUGGGAAGGGGUGAAGAGCCUAGUGUUGUAACAUAUAAUGUUCUAAUAAGUGGACUAUGCAAGGAGGGCCUUGUUGGUGAUGCUUGUAAAAUCUUUGAAAUGAUGUUGGAGAAGGGGAAGAAACCGGAUGUGGUUUCUUGUAAUACCUUGCUGAUGGGACUUUGCAAUAAUGGUAAGGUUGAUGAGGCAAUGAAACUUUUUAGUGCAGUCUUGAAGGAUGUAAAAUAUAUUGAGCCAGAUGUGAUUACAUUUAACUGUCUAAUUCAAGGGCUUUGCAAGGAAGAUCAGCUUGAUGAGGCUGCUGAGAUUUAUAAUAUGAUGAUUGAGAGGGGGAUCUCUGGUAAUUUGAUAACUUAUAAUAUUUUGAUUGGGGAAUAUAUAAAGGCUGGAAAAAUUUGCGAGGCUAUGCAACUAUGGAAACGCAUACAUGAGUUGGGAUUUGUUCCAAACUCAUUUACCUACAGCAUCCUGAUUUCUGGAUUUUGUAAAAUGGGCAUGCUUAAUGUUGCAAAAGGACUUUUUACUAGAAUGAGAGCCUCUAGGAGUAGCCCUACAUUGUUUGAUUACAAUAUGUUGAUUACAUACUUGUGCAAGGAGAGCAGCUUGGAGCAAGCAAGGAAGUUGUUUCAAGAAAUGAGGAACUCAAACUAUGAAUUGGAUAUCAUCACUUUUAAUACACUGAUUGAUGGGACUCUGAAAGCAGGGAAUAUUCAAUCUGCGGAAGAGUUACUGAAGGACAUGUUUCAAAUGGGUUUGACUCCUGAUGCUUUUACCUACUCCAUAAUAAUAAAUAGGUUCUCAAAACUUGGACAACUGGAACAGGCUAAACUAGCUUUUGAUAGAAUGAUUUCAUCUGGCUUUAAGCCAAGUAUCCAUGUGUAUGAUUCAUUACUUAAAGGUUUUAGCUCACAAGAUGAAGCAGAAGAGAUUAUAAAUUUGCUUCGACAAAUGGCAGAUGAGAAAAUUGUUCUUGACCCAAAAAUGAUAAAUACCAUCUUGAAUUGUCUGUGUCAUAGUUCACUGGGUGCUGAUGUAGUGAAGCUCUUGCCAACAUUUGCCCCAGAAAUAUCAGAAGGGACAAGCAUCUCGUGCAAUGAGUUGCUGAUGAAAAUACAAGAUUCUAUCCCCCAUGAUCCUCUCUAAGAUUUGUGUCUCAUUAAGUGUUGGCCUUGAUUUUUUGCCUAAUCCAGGGAGGGGAAGGGAGAAGAAUUGAACUUGUGAUGAAUUAUGUUAUGCAGCAGGUAAUAAACAUUUUCAAGUGGAAUUUUAUGGUAUGAUUGGACAAAAGUAGCAGGCUUCUCAAAUCAUGUCUUUUUUCAGUGUUGAUUGGUGAAAGGUGACUGGAUUUUGGAUUGGUACCAGUGGGUAUUGAUGAGAUUGGAUUCUGACAAUCUUAAUGUUGGGUCAGUGGAACAAUAUCUGGGUUCUCUGUGGGAUGAUAGCAUCAAGUUGUGUUUUAAAGAAAGGAAAAUAAUCCCCAUCUUCUGAUAAGUCCAGCUUAGAUGCAUCUUGAAUGAACAGAAAAAUAGUGGCAGCUCAAGUAGGAAUGCUUGGAGUUGGGAAAGGAAAUUCAAGAUCUAUGUUAUAAGUGGCUGUGCGGAUGGAGAGGAAGUUCUGGAUUGGUUUGAAUAGAUUCAAACAUGCACAUGCAAUGGGCAAUGGCGCCUGCUAAAGCCUAUCCUUACAAAGGCACAUUUUUUGAGGCUCUUGCUGUUGUGGCAUAGCACAACGUAGCAGCUAGUAUGGAGAUUUUGGAUAUCAUUCUGGAAAUGGAUUUGGAAAACCUCCAUCUGAAGCAUUCUUAUUUUUGGUUGCAUCUCCUAGAAAUUCAGGCAACAUAUCCUCUGUAUUUUUUUUUUCCAAUGCAUUUGACAGGAAGCUAAGCUGGUUGAACAUCAGCUAGUCAUUGUAAAUGUAUGGAUGGUGAAUGUAUUUAGGGAGGGAAUGGGUCCUCCACUAAACUAGAUGACAUCAGUCCUUUUCUAUCGAUUCAGUUGAAUGGAACAUUCAGAUUUUUUUCAUGUUAA